AUGCCAUUACCCAGCGCGCAAGGAAAAUUUUUUAAGCCUUUAUAUAGCAAGAGUCAAGAAUGGGUAUUUGGGAUCAAAUGCGGUGGAUCAACACUGGAAGAGCAGGGGACCAAGAGCAUCAGCAUGUCAGACCCUAUCAGAACGAAACCUAAGUCGUCGAUGAAGAUCGACAACGCCCCCACGCCCCACAACACGCCAGCGUCGGUGCUGAACCCGAGCUACCUGAAGAACGGGAACCCGGUGAGAGCCCAGGCUCAGGCUCAGGCCCAAGAGCAAGAGCAGGAGCAGCACGCCAAGAUCGGCACCAUCAGCGAGGAGGAUAUCCUGGCCAACCAGCCGCUGUUGUUGCAGUCCAUCCAGGACAGACUAGGCUCGCUGGUGGGCCAAGACAGCGGGUACGUAGGAGCGCUGCCCAGGAACGUCAAGGAGAAGCUGCUGGGCCUGAAGACGCUGCAGAGCGAGCUGUUUGAAGUGGAGAAGGAGUUCCAGGUCGAGAUGUUCGAGCUGGAGAACAAGUUUUUGCAGAAGUACAAGCCCAUCUGGGAGCGCCGGUCCAGGAUCAUCUCUGGGCAGGAGCAGCCUGGGCCCGAGCAGAUAGCCAAGGGUGCGGAGAUUGUGGAGUCGCUGAACGAGACCGAGUUGCAACUGGACGACGAGGACGAGGACGAGGACGAGGGUGAGCAGGUCAAGGGCAUCCCCUCCUUCUGGCUGACCGCGCUGGAAAACUUGCCCAUUGUUUGCGACACCAUCACAGACCGCGAUGCGGAGGUCCUGGAGUAUGUGCAGGACAUCGGCCUGGAGUACCUGACCGACGGCAGGCCAGGGUUCCAGCUGGUGUUCCAGUUCGACUCGGCCGCCAACCCGUUCUUCUCCAACAGCACGCUGCGCAAGACAUACUUCUACCAGAAGGAGCUGGGCUACUCCGGCGACUUCAUCUACGACCACGCUGAGGGUUGCGAGAUUGCCUGGAAGGACAACGCCCACAACGUCACCGUGGACCUGGAGAUGCGCAAGCAGAGAAACAAGUCCACCAAGCAGGUGCGCACCAUCGAGAAGAUCACCCCCAUCGAGUCCUUCUUCAACUUCUUCGACCCACCCAAGGUCCUGCACGAGGAUCAGGACGAGGAGCUGGAAGACGACCUCGAAGAGCGUCUGGCCCUGGACUACUCCAUCGGUGAACAGCUCAAGGACAAGCUGGUCCCCAGAGCCGUGGACUGGUUCACGGGCGCCGCCCUUGAAUUCGAGUUCGACGAAGAAGAUGACGACGAAGAAGACGAAGACGACGAAGACGAAGACGAUGAUGAUAACGACGACGACGACGACGACGACGACGUGGGGUCCGCCGAGGAGCAGGAUGACUUUGCGGGCAAGCCGGAGCAGGCCCCAGAGUGCAAGCAGUCGUGA